UCUCUUUCCCUUUUCCCCUCUUGAGGGUUUAAAUUUCUGUGUGCACUCGACAGGUAUUCUCACCUGAUGACGUGAGGUGGGGUUCUCGCAGCCGAAUUCUUUAUGAUUGAAGCUUUUCGAUGGUCUAAAAAUUUCCCAAGACUGUGCCGCUGUUCAACCUUUCCUAUCCCGCGCAGUCUCGAAGGACGACCUCUAGUCUGCACACGUCGCCGACUAGACAACAAUUGAAGGACCUUUGGUAUACAUCGGUCAUUCGUCCUUAUUCAGCGGUAGAUUCGUGCGACGAGGUUGACAACCUGGCAUCAUGUUGUCAAGAGCACUUAUGCGCUCUGCGCGGCUACCGGCGCUUUCGAGAUCAACCAUAGCACAUCCGGCUAUUUCCAGAAUAUCCAAUCCGACCGCGGCAAUAUGGGUGCGAGGUAUGGCUAAGAACCGAACCCGAAACCGGAACCAUAACCAAGGUCAAAACCAGCAAUCGAGACCGAACCAACCCUCAGCUGGGCCUGCACAAGCAGCUCAGUCGGCUCGGCCGGCGCAAUCUGCUCAAUCCGAUCAAUCUGCACAAUCUGCUCAAUAUCAAGCACCCAAACCGAGUUCAGAACCUACGCCUUCCACGCAACCUUCCCAAGGCGCCGAAGCCGAAUCCAAAUCUGAGCCCGACCUCAGCUCCCUUCCCGAUCUCACCCAAGGUAUCCCGUCCACUCUCGAGUAUGAGACAAGUGGCGCCACCGACAAGGCGGCGCUUGCCUCCGUAGAAGAGGAAGCACCCGGGGCGCAAUCUGGCGGCGGUCGGGGUCGCGGGGAGCUCCCGGCUUCUGCGUACAUUAGUUCGACGGAAAAGAAGAGGAUGAGGUUUGCCAAUUUUAUGUAUGCCGGAUCGCUAGUCCUUGCCGUCCUCGGCGUGGCUUACCUGGGUCGGGAAUGGGACGAGGAAGAAGCUCAGACUCACACCGAUAUACCCAAUGGCUGGUCGCUCGGAUUGUGGUAUAAGCGCACGAUGGCUCGCUUCGGGGAUGUCACGAGCUACUACAGCGAACCCGCUUUCGAGAAGCUUUUACCCGAUCCCGAUCCCAUGUUCGCGCGUCCCUACACUCUAUGCAUCAGUCUCGAGGACAUGUUGGUACACAGCGAAUGGACGCGAGAGCACGGUUGGAGGGUUGCGAAGAGGCCGGGAGUGGAUUACUUCCUGCGCUACCUGAGCCAGUACUACGAAUUGGUACUAUUUACGAGUGUCCCGUUCGCUAUUGGAGAACCGUUGGUUCGCAAGUUAGACCCUUUCCGAUUUAUUGUGUGGCCUUUGUUCAGAGAGGCUACCAAGUACAAAGAUGGUGAGAUUGUCAAGGACUUGUCAUACUUGAACCGUGACCUUUCGAAGGUCAUCAUAAUCGACUCAAAAGCUGAACAUGUUAGGAACCAGCCUGAGAACGCCAUCGUACUAAACAAAUGGACUGGUGACCCUAAGGACACCGAGCUCGUCUCACUAAUUCCUUUCCUUGAGUAUAUCCAUACUAUGCAAUACAAAGACGUAAGAGUAGUCCUCAAGUCUUUCGAGGGCAAGCAUAUUCCGACCGAAUUCGCUCGCCGGGAAGCGAUCGCUCGUAAAGAAUUCCAAAAGAAAUUCGAAUCCGAGAAGAGGAAGCGAAAGAGCGGGAUGGGAGCUCUCGGCAGCCUGAUCGGGCUUAAGCCGAGUAACAUGAACAUGAUGGUCCCAGCAGAAGGCGAAAUUAGCCCGAGCGAGGCUUUCGCGCAAGGCAAGAUGUUGCAAGAUAUCGCACGGGAGAGGGGCCAGCGCAACUACCAGAUGAUGGAGAAGGAGAUUCGUGAAAACGGCGAGAAGUGGCUUAAGGAAGAGCAGCAAGCGAACGAGAAAGCACAGGCUGAGGCUAUGAGCAGCAUGAAGUCCUCGUUCUCGAGCUGGUUCUUACCCUCUAAGCCGGAGGAUAAUCCUGCGCCUGCGCCUACCCCUGCCGAGCCUAAUAAAUAAGUCAAUGAACUAGAUUAGGAAGAUAUGUAACUUAUGGAGAUGUAUGAUAUGAGGAACGCCUGGGAGAAGGCGUUGAA